AUGCGUUUCUCUGCGUUCAUCACCUUCGCCCUGGGUGGCAUGGCCGUUGCCAUGCCCCAGGCCUCCGCCUCCGUCAGUGGCGCCUUGGCUCCCAAGGACGGCCCUCCUUCCGGCUGCGAGACCAACUUUGAUGGAAACUUCGGUCUCACCGUCGUCGAGCUCGGCAAGCGAAGCCUUGACAAGCGAGGUGCUUGCACUGGCGCGGGCUCCCUUGACCUCACUCUCAAGGACAGCGUCUUGACCGACUCCCAGAACCGUACCGGUUCCAUCGUUGCGAACUUCCAGUUCCAGUUCGACGGUCCUCCCCAGGCCGGUGUCAUCUACACCUCGGGCUUCUCUGUCUGCUCCAAUGGCUCUCUCGCUCUCGGUGGAUCUACCACCUUCUACCGCUGCCUCUCUGGUAACUUCUACAACCUGUACGACCGUCACUGGGCCGAGCAGUGCUCCCCCAUCCACCUCUCUGUCCUGCCCUGCGGUGAGAACGCCCCUGUCCCCUCGGGUGGCCAGAUCGUCGGAACCACCAUGGUCGCCACUACUCUCGUGACCGUCAUCGAGGAUGGCCAGCCGCAGGUGGUCCCCACCACCAUUCCGGUUCCCAUCUGCCAGAUCGACGACGGCCAGAUCCAGGGUCAUACCACUCCGUGCGGCGAGCUCCCGCCCAUCACCCGCACCGCUUCUCAGCCCGGUGCCAGCCAGCCGCCCUACACUCCUCCUGGAACUCCCGUCGCGCCGCCUGCUACCGCUACCGCUACCACCGCGCCCACCGUUCCGCCUGUCCAGUCGACCCCUCGGGUCUCGACCGUUCCGUCCAACACCACGGCGCCCGCCAACCCGCCCGGCGCAACCUCGACUUCCCCCGCGGGCACAACCACUCCGGUGGCCCCCCCCGUCGCUGCGGGCCAGAGCCUCGCUCCGGCUUCGCUCCUCGCUCUCGUCGCCACGCUCUUCGCGGCUCUGUACAUCGUCUAG